UUAACUGAAAUCGAAACUGAAAGUGCUGGAUGUGAUGAAAAGGGUGGAGAGAGAAGAGAGGAAGGAGAGCACAAGACAAAGGAAAAUCUCUCUCAUUUGGAUCACAGCGAACACGCCGAGAUGCAGUGCCUCCAAGACCAAGAAGCCCUCAUCCCUCAGCCUCGUGGGGCCUUGCCUAAGGGGUGUGCUGCGGCGGCGGCUGCCACAACAAUAGGAUGCAUCGCGUUCCUGUCUCCUGAAGGGUUAUUUGGCUGGGUUGCCAUGGUGAUACUCAUCCUGACCCUUGGCCCUCUGCUGCACGGGCUCUGUCUGCUAGCAGAGGAGAUGCUGUACCAUUCCAACACAAGGUAUCGAGGCAGAGGGCUGCUGAGCCGCGUGCUGCCGGCCUGUGGUUUGGGGGGAAAGACCCUGCUGGCUGCAGGGCUGGCAGGUCUCCUGCUCUACCUGGCCGGACAGCCUCUGCCACACAAAGGCCAGUGCUGGAAACUCCUCUCCCUGGCCUCGGUGCUUUACGCGCUGUUCAAAAGCCUGGGAGUCCUGGGUCCAGCAGAGGUGGAGGUGUCCGACAUCUGCGAGGGGAGGAAGAUGAACGUGGCCCACGGCCUGGCCUGGUCCUUCUACCUGGGCUACCUCCGACUGGUGCUGCCGCGUUUGGAGGACUCCAUCACAGCGUUUUGUGCCACCCAUCAGUCCUGCAGCCCCUUCUGGAGUCGCGGCUCCAGGAGGCUCCUCAUCCUCAUACCGAUCAACGCCAACAUUUCUCACAAACUGGAGAACGAGGACAGCAACAUCCGUUUCUAUGACAACCUCCCCAACAACGAGAUAGACAGGGCAGGAGUCCGGGGACGGGUCUAUAAGCACAGCGUCUACAUAGUACUGGAUGAGCAUGGGAAGGGCCAUGAGUGCACGGUGGAGUACGCCACACCUCUGCUCACACUUUACAACAUGUCCCAGGAGAGCGGCGCGGGUUUUGGGGAGCCUGAGCGCAGGCAGCAGGUUCUGCUCUUCUACAGGACCCUGCAGGACAUCCUGGAGCACUCGCUGGAGUGCCGCAACCGAUACAAACUCAUCCUGCUCAACGAUGAGCUUCAGGAAGAUCCACACUUCCUGUCCAAGGCCAUCCUCAGACACCUGCAGCAGCAGGAGAAAGAGGAGUUCUGCCUCACCCCACCUCCUCACCAAGAGAUGGGGCACCCGUUUGAGUGUACUCCAACUGCCCCGCCGAGGGCCAACCCCAUAAACCACUCUGAACCAAUGAGCAGGGAGCCCACGCUCAUGUUAAGCCUGGACAAACCUCAGCCUCUGAAGGGACCUGUUGAGAACACCGACAAUUAUCAAUGAACAACACAAACACACCACGUCUAACCUGUCGGAUUAGCAAUUAAAAAUGACACCACCUUAACCUUAAAUGCAAACAUGCUUAGAAGAAGAGCUGUGUUUUGUUUGGCCUCUUCUUCAAAUGGUUUGGCGAGUGAGUUACCAGAGACACUGGCACACUGAGAUACCAAACUCUGUCAUUGUGAUUAACAUCAUGUGCAAAUGUGAAAACCAUCAAAACAAAAAUGAAUAUGUCCGCACUUAUCUUUAGACAUCGCUGAGUGUAAACUGAUGCAAUCCACAGCACUGACAUUCAAACAGUGUGUGUGCAGUGGAAACACCCGGGGCAGCUUGUACAGACAGCUUGCUUUAGUGCUGAGGAAGUGUUGCAACUUGAAGGUGUUGUUUAGAGAACAGGACAUGAUCUUCUGCCAACAUCAAGUUAAUAAGUAGAAGAGUUAAAUUAGUCUGGAGUUUUAGCCCCGUUGUUGCCACCAGUCGGUUCAGUCAAUAGUCUCAGCCUCAUGUGACUGCAUUCAGCUAUUUCCUUUUUAAUUAAACCUCAUAUUUUUUCAAAUGCUUAAGGACAGAAAAGUCAUUAAAUGGAAAGGUUUUAUCUCAAUAAAUGUUUCAAUUCACGCAAAAUUU